AUGGCCAAAACUACCCAACUAUCAACCUAUCGACGGGAUAUCUGGCCUUCGCGCAAGGCCGCUGCGGAGGGUUUCAGUCGAAGUCCGUUCUACCAAGCCUGGGAUUCCCGCGUCCUUGAUCGCUGGAUUAAGUACGGCCUGCGUGAACUUCCCACAGCUAUUCACCAACUUCCCAGCGAAGCAUCUAAGGACGGUGAACAACCCGUCACCCUAACGACACCCCUUCACCAAGAAGUAUUUACCUUCUCACGCCCCAAUUACGAUGGGCCUCCGGGCAAAGAUGUACCGGUGGAUCGGGUAACACAUCCCGACCUCGACCCCAAUCACCUGGGAUCUUUCCCCUUCUACCGUCCUGAGCCAUCACGCAUAUUCGCAGAGAUCCCACACCUCCGACCUAGUGUCAUGUACAUAUUUGGCGGCAAAUCGGAUAUGUGUCUUCCCGAGAUGAUGGCCGACAAGAUGGCCAACACUGGUGUAGGCUUAGGUGGCAGCGGUGGGGCAGCGGCUGGUCGAGUUCGCGACGUCUAUCUCAAAGAGUACGGACAUCUCCUUGCUCAGGAAGCACCGACUGAGUGUGCCGAAGCAGCUAGCAAGUGGCUGGGUCAGGAACUGCGGCGGUGGCGAGAGGAAGACCAGAGUUUCCGUGAGCAGUGGAGUCGAAAGUCGAAAGUCGAAAAAAUAACGAUUGAUCCGCGCUGGAAGGAGCAUGUCCCCGCCCCCGUGAGGAAUAAGAGGGGACCUUCCAAGCCGAAACUGUGA